CCGGUUCAUGAAUGACCAAUACCCGGAUGAGGAUUCGUGCCACACUUUGACUGGUUGCUCCGUCUCAUCAUGGAAAUUAACGCGUCUGUGAACGUUAAUAAUGAUUGCUCGUAUUAUACUUCUUGUGUCUCUGCUUCGUUGCUGUCAAUUAUCCCUAUACCAUCUUGCUUCCUUGCCAAGACUUUCUAUGAUGUAUAUCAACCUUCCGAACUUCAUGGCACAAUAGCGUAUCGGGAUCGCACGGCUCAAAGACCCCGUUCGAUCCUAGCUCAUGCCAUGAUCAGGAUUUGCAAAAUAUCCCCGCAACUGCCAAGCCCUCUUAGCUCGGUUGGUAGAGCGCUUCACGCUGAGAUCAGUCGUUCAAACCGACUAGAGGGAAUGACUGACUGCAAGAGUCGCCUCCUAGUUGUCAUCCCUGGCCACCUUAAAAGAGGAGUACUCUUCUUUCUUUCCAGUUUCACCACCAGUCACAUAUUUCUGUGUUUUUUGUUUGAUUGCGUGAUAUUCAGCGCGGUGCCGUCCUAAUAUCCAGCAUCAGGACCACACAGAGAGUUUAUUCGAUCCAAGCUCGUACCAUGUCCUGGAAAAAUCGAGACACGUGUCUUUCGCUUCAUUGCUCGCAUCCCGAUGUACAUAUCCAAUCCUUCUCAGCUCAGCUGGUCACGCGCGUCGCUGGCGGCUGAGGUU